AUGAAGAACGAAUAAUCUAUAUUUAAGUUAUUUUUGACCAUUGACUUAGCGAAACAACUUAAUAAUAAUAAAGAAAUAGGUGCUUAUCGUUAUGUGAUUGAUUUAUAAGAUUAAUCAAAAACAUUUAAUUCGACAUCAACCUAAAGCAUACUAUUUUUCUUAAAGUAAAAUUAGUCAUCAUUUUAAUAUUACUAGUGAAAUAGAAAACAAUACAAAUAUGACAGUCAAAAUAAUAUCAGAAAAAACAAACAAAAUUAUAGGUACUUUAAGUAUAUUGAUCCCAUUUGCAAUUAAUUAUGAAUAAGAAUUGACUGUAACUGAAUCAUUUCAAUUUGAAAAUGAAAACAAAUUAAAUGGUUCUUAUACACUCUAUUUAAUUAAUAUUCCAUUGUUUAAAUAAUAAGGUUCAAAUGAUACUACUUCUAUCUAAAAAUCUAAUACUGCUCCUUAAUCAUAAAAGUAAAAGAAAUAGGUCUCUAAAUCACCUUAAUCACAAUUAUCAUAGUAUUCUUAUCUAGAAAAAAUAAACAAAGAAGUUAAUCAGAUAUUAAAUAAACAUCAUCAUUCUCUAAGUUCAAGGAAAGAUAAGACAAUUGAUACUGGGAUUGUGGAUGAAUCUCCAAGUAGAAUAAGUGAUAGAGUUUAAGUUAGUAGAUCUGGAACUUUUGUAUAGUCUGAGAUAAGUCCAUCAUAAGUGAGAAAAUAUGUUAUUGAAGAUUCUCCAUCAAAAUUAAAUUGCAGUUUUAAUAAAGAAAAGGAAAUAAAUCAUAGACAUCAUUAAGAAUUGAGUUGUUUAUACUAUUUAGAUUAAGCAACUUUAAGUAAUCAAAUUCAAAUAGAAAAUGAGAAUUUAAAAGAAACAGUUAUAAAUUUAAAUACUAAAUUGGAGUAUUAGGAAUAAUAAAUAAUUUUAUACAAAUCAUUAGAAUUAAAUUACAAAGAUCUUUAAAAUCAAUUAUAAACAUUUUUAAAGGCUUAGGAAUUAAAUAAAUCAGUAGAUUCUUUAUUUGAUAAGGAAAUAUUAAAAGUGAAUGCAUAAUUAAAUUAGAAGAUAUCUUAAUUGUUAGAAAAUGAAAAGAAAUUUUCAAAAUAAAAACUUGAAUAUGAAAUGUAAAUAUCUGAAUAGAGAAAUGAAAUUAAUAUGUUAAGAUAGAAUCUUUAUGAAUUAAGUGAGAAAUAGAAAUACUAUUCUAAUUUAAAUAAUGAUUUCAUAAAUUAAAAAUAAUAAAAUAUGGAAUUAAAAUAAGAAUUAAUUAAAAAUGUUAAAGAUUAUGAAGCUAAAUUAUGUAAAUUUGAUUAGCAUAUCACAGAUUAAAAUAAAAAAAUAGAUGAUUAAACAAAAUAGAUUUGGGAUUAAAAGUAAUAAUAUUAAGAAUUGGAAAAAUUAAAUAAAUCAUUAUCUUUUUAAUUAAAGAAACUUUAAGAGAAUUACAAUUCAUAAAAAUAACCUUUAAUUAAUAUAAAGCCAAUAAAUAAUAAUAAUGAUACUGAAGAUACAUCAAAAUAAUUAUAAAUUACAUAAGAAAUUAAUUAAUAGAAAUAAGUAGAAAUUGAAAAAUUAUAGAAUGCAUUAAAGAAAGCAUAAUAAUAAAAUUAAGAUUAAUAGAAUGAAUAUACAUUAACAAAAUAAGCUUUAAAUUAGGCUAAGUAGGAAUUAUCUAAAUUAAAAGAAUUUAAUUUAUAGAAUUAAAAUUAAAAAACAAAAUAAUAAACUGAAACUAAAUAAUUACAAUAAUAAAUAGAGACAGAAAAAUCAAAAGUAUAGAAUUGAUAUAAUUCUAGGUUGCAACUUUAUAGAGUCAAUUAAAAGCUAAGAGUAUUUAAUUAUAAGAGGCUUAAGUUAGAGAUGAGAGUUAAUAAAAUAAAAUAUUGAAAUUAGAGUAGAUUAUAAAAUAAACCAAGAAUUUAAUUGAAAAUUAAGAAGAAUAGAUCAAUUUAUUAAAUAAUUAAGUAAUAUCUAUAAUAUUCUUAGAUUAAAGAUUUAUAGGAUGCAAAAUAAAAAUAAUAAAAUGAUAUUAAAGAAGACAAAGAAAAAAUGAAUUAAUUAAAAUAAUUAAUAAGUGGAAUGAAAGAAUAAAGAGUUGCAUAUAUACCAAUGCAUGGUGAUCCAAUAGAUCAUGCUCUUUCAGAAUAUAUAAACUCUUUAGAUGAUCCUAAAAAACUAAUUGAACUUUUUUUCCGUGAAAAAGAAGGUUAAUAUUUGAUUGGUUCAAAAAGUGUACAUUUAAAGAGUAAAUACUAAAUCUAUUAAUUUAGCUGAAUAAGGAAAAGUGUUUGUUAAGAUAGGUGGAGGAUUUAUAGGAAUUGAAGAAUUCUUGGAUGUAUAUUUAAAGGAAAAAACUGAAAAAAUUGAAAAGAAAUAAGGUUAAUUAACACCUAGAAAUAAGACUUCGAAUAAAAGUCAAAGAUCUUAGAUAUCUACUCACUAGUUUACUUCCUGA